CAUCGAACCACCUCUGGACAAAGCCUUAGCUUUUCGUCUUGGGUCCCAAUUCCUCCCUCUCUCUCAGAUCUCCUCUCCUCUAUAAAAACAAGUGCAGGAACCCACUUACUCAUCAAAAUCAUCAUUGCCUCCAAAAGUUUCAGACUCUCUAAUGCUCACUACGCAACCCAUUCAAGAAUCCAGCACAGUCAUUCUCUCCAUGGCCAGUACAAGCCGGGAACAGGUGAAAGUGGUGAUUAUUGACACUCGAUAUGUUGUAACUGAUCCUUUGAGCUUCAAGUCAGUGGUUCAGAAUCUUACUGGUAAAGAUUCUUGCAUUUCUUGGGUAGAAGAGAGCUCGUUCGCCGGUGGAAAGAGGAAAAGAGAAGCUGAUACUAAUGAAAGUUCGGAUGUUGCUGUUAGUGGUGUUGCUGGUGUCCACGCUGCUGCUGCUGCUGCUGCUGCUGAUUGGAAGUUACCAAAAGGAUUGUCGUUUAAAGACUUGGAUAAAAUGAUUCUGGAGCUGCCUCCAAUGGAGGAGUGGCACCAGCUGUGGGUUCAGAAUAAUUUACUUUAAUUUUGUAAUUUACAUUUUUCUUUAGGUAUAUGUAAUUCGCUGUAGGUUAAUUUCAUAUUUUUUCUUUUGGGAGAAUAGUGUGAUUUUAAUCCGUUGUUUGUAGAAUGGGCGGCUAUCCAUUCUUUUAAUGACUCCUACGGAUAAAAUAUCUGUGAUACUCGAUCCAUUCUUUCAAGUUUAUAUACAGCGAUGUUUUUUUUUUUUA